AUGUUCAAUACGAGGAGAGUUGGUCCUCUGAAUUCAUCAACGCCAAAAAUGAAAUUAUCUCGCACAAAAUCUGGUAAUCAAUUAGAAGUGUGUUCAUGCAACUUUAUCUGUUGUUUGUUGUUUUUAAGGUUGUUCUCCUGGUGUUUACUAACCAAGGCACAUGGCAUUUUAUUUUGUCCCAAUAAUUUACCUUUAUGUGACUUGAAUUUUAUAACUUCAAGUCCUAAAAUGCUUCAGAUUUACUUCACUUCAGACUCGUUUGAAUCGAAUCACACCGAGCCACUAUCAACUUUUUCACCACUUGGUUUUUCAUCAAGUUUUGCAUAUGGUGAGCAAGAAGUAAGUUCAGUGUUUCUCACAGGCCUCGAAAAAAAGAGGCGCUGUGAGUCCCUGUUCUGA